UACACAUUCCCACGAAGAAGAACAAACCUGGCUGCUGGAGUGGAAAAAAAAAGGAAACAGAGCUGAGGAAGUACUCCUGUUUACAACAACAUUAUGGAGCCAAAAUGUCUAAACACCAUCUUUAACUGUGCUCUGUUGACUGGACUGACGUUAUGUGUUUUAUUCGGUACAAAACCCACAUCGGCAGUGGACAUACACGCCCCUGCUGAGGUGAUUGUGGAGAACGGCACCACAGGAAUCCUUAAAUGUACCUUCAAGUCCAAAGAGGUGGUUAGCAGCGCAGCCACUGUGACCUGGAGUUUCCGGUCAAGCCGAUCCGAGACUCCGUCCUCUAUUUUUUACUUCAGCAAUGGGAAGGAAUUUCCAGGGCCGCCUGAGUUCAAAGACAGAGUGCAGUUUAUUGGUGACCUCAACAGGAAGGACGCCUCGAUACAGCUGAGCCAGGCUCAGUUCAGCGACAACGGCACCUACUACUGUGACGUGAAGAACCCCCCAGAUAUAAUUGGAACACCGGCUCGAACAGAGCUCAGAGUCGUUCUGAAAGAAUCUCUUCCGCAGGACAACACUGCAGUUAUAAUUGGGGCAGUUUGUGGUGCUGUAAUUGGAGUCAUCCUCAUUGGUGUUGUUACCUGCCUUAUCAUAAAGAGGCAUCACACCCGCCAUGAUUAUGAAGGAUGUACAUCCUUGGAAAGCGUGAGCUCUCAUGCUCCACAACCACGAAAGAAGGUGGAGUCCAGCUUGGAGGGCUCCAGAUGUAGCAGUCCCUCUGGUCCACUACAGGGACCGGUGAUAUAUGCCCAGCUGGAUCACUCAGGCAGUAAAAACCCCAACUCAUUCCGUAAGAUGGAGCCAGUGGUCUAUGCUGACAUUCGGAAAAACUGAGGAGGACAGGGAGGAAUUGGACCAAAAAAACAGUAAAGUAACAGACCUCUCGAUCAGCUGCUCUUGGGAUGGGAGGGAAUACAUUAACAUGGAUAAAUUGGUGCAGAUUUUUUUUUUUUUUUUUUAAAUUCCUCUGAAAGCAUUAAGCAUUACAUGUUACAAUAAUGUAUUCGUACACUUUUUGUUGAGGAAAAAGCUGAAAGACCUUUGAAAACACUAUCGUGAGCACACUAACCGCAUGUUUGCUCAAGACCACAUCAGCCUCAAGUUUGGUUUUGUAAUACAGGGAUUCAAAUACCAGUUUUAAUGCAGUCAUGAAUAUCAUUCCAUAUGUAAGGAGACUUUAUUUUAAUUUGCUGUGGUUUCACACCUCAUCUAGCUCAAAAAAAAAAACAAAACACUUUCUAAAACUUAAUACACUUGUCCAUUUGACAGUUACAUGGCUUUUUUUUCUUUCUUUCUUUUUUUUUUGAGGGAGGGUGAUCUUAGAGUUAGAUUCUACAUUGUCAGCAGUAUAUUUGCAUGCAAUCAUAAUAACAUCUACAAAAUAAGCUUGGUACUCAUUCACCAAUAGUAAACCAGUAAAAAAAAUAACAGUCAUUGACAUUGUAUUACUGUGAAUACUUAAAAUUUCUGCUAGGUUCUAGCAUGUUGUUGUGGUACCUUCAGAACACUGCCUUUCUCUGAUUUUCUGUUUUUACCACUUUUCUUUCACCCACUGGUUUCUGCACCAGUAGUGGCUGCCAUGAGCAUCUGUCCUUAUCUUCACUCUGAAAAAUUGCAUAUGAACAUUUAGGCGAUGUAACCCAGAUAAGAGUUUUUUCUUUGUGCUCUUGUGCAUCAUCGUAAUGAUCUCUAACAAGGAAGCCUCACUGCUGGUGUUAACAAAAGACGCUCGGGGCAGUUUCUAAUCAGCGCGCUACUGUUUGUGAGUCGUUUGGAAAUGUGCAUGUUUUUUAAAAUAAAAGAAUGUUCAACUAAGAAGAAAUAUCUCUUUAGAAAUGUUUGUUUCUACUAAAACUCGGAACAAAUACAAAAUACACUGUUAGCAUGCAGUGCAGCAUUAUAACCAUCAUUAUGAAAAUAAUCAUGUUUUACUGUCUCUGCCUUAAAGAAGUGUUUGUUUUGUUUUGUUUUGGGUUUUUUUCCGAAAUAGUGGGCCAAAUAUCUAAUUAUCAACUCCACUUCGAUAUUAGGUAUGUACUUAACAGAUGCUUUUCAGCUUUAAAAUGCAUUCCAAAUUCACCAUUUUGUUUGUCUUGAAGCAGUUAAAAGCCAAAUGUAUCUAUCAUGAUUAUGUUUGUCAAUUGUUUGGUUACCUAUGAGUAUGGUAUUUGUGUUGCAUCCAGUUUAAAUGCCUUUAGCUUCAGCUUGUGAUUCCUCAAUGCAGUAAAAUUUAAUUUUGACCUGUAUUUGUAUAUAUUUCUUGCUCCUGUAAGAUAUAGUGCUGUUUACUGUAACUCACACUCCUAUGUCGUAUGGCUAUGGAUGUCAUGGCUUAGAAAAAGUCGUAUGCUGUAGGGCUCCAGAAAGUUGGUGGCAUGGUUAAUGUUUUCUCUUUUAGUCUUAAUUAUUUGACACAAAGCCAAUAGUCAGGACCAGCGUGUACAGCGCCUGCAGAAAACACUCGACCUCUCGACUUUUUCCGCAUUUUGUGGUGUCACAGGUUUCACAAAGGAGUCAACUUCGAUUUGUCAGCAGUCUACACAAAAUAUCUUAUAAUAACAAAUAGCCUCAUGAAGUUGCAAGUUUGAUUGUAACAAGCUAUUUUAAAACUGACUAUAAACCAACUGCUGCACAUGCUGCUGGCUUUUCAGAGGUAGAUUUGAUUGAUUUUAGUGUUAAUAGAACAGAUAAUUUCUCAUUUUAUUGCACCAAAGUCUUGAAAAUGGUGGAUUCUUCAUUCAUUUUUACCAUACAUGACACCAAAUUGGACAUCUGGGUGCCUCCAAAUAAUUCUUGCAUGUUUUAAUUAAAUGAGGGGGCUAACUGCAAGCUAGCACUUUCACUAUUUAUUACUUCUUAGCUAUCUGAAAGCUAGCACACGUUCUUCCCUGUGAGUGUUUUUAUUUAUUUUUAUCAUUGCCAAAGCUUUAAUUUCAACUUCUUGUUUCAACUUUAUAUUUAGCUAGAAACCUCACUACUUUUGAUAUUUCAAUACUUUUACUAAGCUUUUUGAUACCUUUCUUAAUUUUUGAGAAUUAUUCUGCUUUGUUGUCUGUCUGUCAGCGAACAUGUUCAAAUAAUGAGCAUGUACGCUGACGAUGUGCCCGUUUCUGUAGGAUUUAUGUCAUUUCUGUUGGACAGAAAAGUAUAAAGGGGCUGAGCUUUUACUAACUGAUGGAAACACAAUCUUUCAAGAUCUGCAGAUCUUAUUUAAUCUCACUAAUCUCUGCUCCCGUCAAAUUUCAAACCACUUGAAUUCAUGAAACCAUAUAAGCUCAGCUGCCUCGAUAAAACUCUGUAGUAGCUCUAUAAUACUUAUUAUUUUUGCCAAUUCUACUCGACUCUGUCCCUGUGGUUGCACCAAAUCUGUUAUCAAGUUUGUAUAUUGUGUACUUUACCAAGUUCCUAGUAACUGGUUUAAAUGGUUGGGACCUCUUUAGCCACAGUUUUCAUUACACUUACAGCUGCUUACAGCGAGCCCACACAUCUUCUCCAAGAAAUGUACUUAUGAGUUUAAGUUAUUAACACAAGGAAGUUCACAUGAAUGUUUUUUCCCGGUCAGCAGCUUAUUUUUACGAUAAAUUGUCACAAAACGCCACAAAAUGCUAAAGACGUCAAGCGGUUCAGUACUUUCUGCGGGCGCCGUAGCCUUCCAGUUUCUUUUGUCUCAAAAGUUCCAGUCUUUUAUUUAUUUUAUUAUUUUUUUUGUUGUUGUUGUUGUUGUUUUUUGUUUUUUUGUUUUUUAGCUAUCAUGGCUCUCAAAGUAUUGACCAGAAAAAACAAACUGUAUGAUACUGACAAAACAUUAAAUGCUGGUUGCCUUUCUUUGUUCUCGGUUGUGACUUGUUGCAGUGUUUAGUACCAUGUAGAAUUUGUGAUGCUCUCUAUAAAUUAUGACAGAUUUCCAAACUGGCAAAGUUCAAAUGCAACAUGUUUGUGUCUGUGUUUUUAGGUUUGAAUGAAUGCAGAUUGGUUGCAGAGUUCAUUCCACUCAUGAUAUGUCUUAAAGUGUGUGCUUUGUACUUUUGGAUGGUAAAUACUGUUUUGUUUGAUUAUUGUUUAGUAUGUUAUGUUAUAAAAUCUGCACUAUGUCUUGCAUAUCAAAGACAACAAACGCCCUGUGAUUUUUAUUUUUUUCCCUUCAUCUCCGAAUGACCUUUGACUCCAUUUAAUGUCUUUAAAACUGGAAUGUUGUACAUUUAGUGCCUUUUACAUUUCAUCUGCUAACUUGAACAUCUGCUCAAUAUAGAAAAGAUAAGAUUCAUUUAUUUUCCUUUUUAUUGUUAUGUAUUUUUUUAUACACAUAUCGCUUCUGUAUCCACUGUUCAAAUUUUAUAUAAAACCUAUUCCUGGCCAAU